AUGAAUUCCUCCUUUCGUAUUUCAUCGACUCGAAGAUCAUCAGGAUGUAAGAGUGAGUGUGAAUAACAUUUCUAAACAACUAAUGAAUGUAUGUUUUUUUUGUUCUACUAAUUCAAGUAUUAGCCAAAAAACCAAAAGAUAAGGAAAAAUUAGAAGAAACUGUUAUUCUUCUCAAAAUGCAAAUUAAUCUCUUGAAUGAUGAGAAUGUCAAACUUAGAUUUGAAAUACAACAUCUCCAAGUAAGUUAUAUUGCAAUUUCAUUUAGAAAUAAAUAGCUAUACAGGAAAAAACAUUGCAAAUGAACAAGAACUUCAAACUGUCUAAAAGCUCUAAACUCAACAAACCGAUUACAAAAGAACAUUGA